UGCACUGUGUCCCUCGGACACAGCAGAUCACCGAUCAAUGGAAACAGCCGAAGAUGUCGGCUCGGUCAUGUGAUCAGCUGUGUCCAAUCACAGCUGAUCACAUGGGACAUGUACACGGAUCAUCAGAGCACUGAUGAUCAGUGUGCCCUGAUGAUCUGUGUAGCCCCAGCAGUGCCACCUGUCAGUGUCCAUCAGUGCCAGUCAGUGCCGCCUAUCAGUGCCCAUCAGUGCUGCCUAUCAGUGCCACCUAACAGUGCCAGUCAGUGCCGCCUAUCAGUGUUGCCUAUCAGUGCCAUAUAUGAGUGCUGCCUUUCAGUGCCCAUCAGUGAUGCCUGUCAAUGCCCAUCAGUGCCACCU